AUGGGCACCGCGAACAAGGACUCGAUCAGCCGAGCCGGCAGCUACAACGACGACCCGCAAGCCAAGCUUGCCAACGACAUCUUCGCCACGGAUGUGGGCAACAAGGGCCUCACCGAUGACACCGGCACCCCCAUCGGCUCCCUCGCCCACGACAAGUCAGGAGGGUACGACCCCAAUCUGGAUCAGCGGGAGGGCCAGCAACCGAUGGGCGACGAAGUGCUGAAGAGGGCGACGGAGAAGAUGGCCAAGGAGAACCCGAUGUCUCAGGGGAGGGAGAGCGCGAUGGAGAAGGACAUCAGGGACGCGCCGCGCGCCGGGCCUGGUGUUGAGAAUCCCAACAAGCAGAACCCGCGCGACAAUGACGUCAAGUCCGGCGUCCAGUAG